UUCGAGUGUCUACUGUCAAUAACACUCGGUAAAAACAUGGGGUAUAAGAUUUUACAUCUGCUGAUCUUGGCAUUUGCCGUAGUUUGUAUCCAGGCUUAUCAAAAUUCAGAUUCUUCAGAAGAAGAAGAUUCAUUAAAUGAAUCCUCUUCACCGUCACCCAUACUGACUAGAAAAGAUGAAAGAAUCGUGAUGUCAUCGGACAUUUGUUCGAAAUUUGCUGUGCAGAUUUGUGACUUUUAUAAAUUUGUGCAGAAAAAAAUUUGUUUGUUCCUAUUAAGAAAUCCCACAUGUAUACCUGGGCUGAUAUCACUUUUGAAAGAAAUCAUAAAUAAAUUUGGUGAUUUAAUUUGCUGUAUUUUUAAAUAUAAAAUAAAACUUUUAAAAUCAUGUGUUUUAUGGUUAGGAGGAUUAAUUGGCAAAUUAGAGAACGCUGGAGGUAGCUGCGGUGCUGGAGGCUCAGGUGGAGGCUUAGGUGGAGGCUCAGGUGAAGGCUUAGGUGGAGGCUCAGGUGGAGCCUCAGGUGAAGCCUCAGGUGAAGGCUCAGGUGGAACCUUAGGUGGAGGCUCAGGUGGAACCUUAGGUGGAAGCGCAGGUGGAACCUUAGGUGGAGGCGCAGGUGGAGCCUUAGGUGGAGGCACAGGUGGACUCUUAGGUGGAGGCACAGGUGGACUCUUAGGUGGAGGCACAGGUGGACUCUUAGGUGGAACCUUAGGUGGAGGCACAGGUGGACUCUUAGGUGGAGGCUUAGUUUAGACUUAGGCCUUUUUUAUUAGGGUGAUAAAUUACAACCUAAAAUUAUUUAAACUUGGCAAAUUAUAUAAUGACAAUGGCAAGACUAUUUGAAAUACACGCAUCGUAUGUGCUAAUAACAAUAAAAUUCCUUUCGCACGUCGAUGAAUGAAUAUAUUUCCUAUUAUGCACUUGUAUUUGUUUUAAGUAUUAAUAUAAAAAUUGAUUAUAAUGAUAUAAAUUGUUAAAAAUGGU